AGCAACUUUUGUUCGCGCGAGGGACGAAAAGCAUUCGAAGCUGAGCGAUCUCUGAACAAUGACAAACAUGAUCCUCAACCUUUCAAUGGACUGUUUGGCAUGAUUUUUUGAGCUGUCAUCAUGGGAGCUGGUGCUAGUACGCCGUCUUCGACGGAGAGCACUGCCGCUCCGCCAGCGGCAUCGUGUCCUGUCGACCACAAAGCGCGCGAAGUCUGGCUCUCAAAAAGCCAGGCAUCAAGUCCUCCUCCACGCCCCAACCCCGAGGAAGUUCCAUCGUGCCCGGUCGAUCAUAAGGCCCGUGCCGCCUGGCUUUCAACAUCCGAAAAAUCCACGAAUCCCACCCCAGACCCGUCGUCCACUGACUCAAAUGCACCACAAGUGAAGCUCCACAGACCCCUUUCCACAGACAGGGAGGUUAGCAGUAUCCCACGAGCCUUAUCCGGCCAUUCUGAACAAAAACCGCCAUCUCAACCUCCUUCGCCAUAUGCCCAGCAGUCAUCUUCAGCUGCGUCACACUCUGCUCCUUCAAAUUCCGAAAGUGAAACAGGCCAUGAUCAAACCACGGGCAACUGGGUCUAUCCGUCUGAACGCCAGUUUUUUGAAGCCUUAAUGCGCAAAGGAACUCCCACGUCUACAACCUCCGCCAAAGAACUUGCUACUUCUGUAGCAUCAAUAAUACCAAUCCACAAUGCCGUCAACGAACGGGCUUGGUUAGAAAUCCUCUCAUGGGAAUCUCGGGCACCUACUUCGGACCCGGGAAGUCGAAAAUGUGGUGGUCCAAAAUUAUAUUCAUUCCGAGGAUUGGGCACGGAAACUCAAUUUUUGAGCCCGAGAGCGAGAUUAAAUGGCUUAUUAGGCUACCAGCUUCCAUUUGACCGCCAUGAUUGGGUGGUAGAGAGAUGCGGUGGUGAAAGAGUCGAAUACGUUAUCGACUUUUACCAGGGGAAAUCUGGGGGCGGCUUAGGAUUGGGUACUAGUGGUCCAGACGGAAAGCUGAGUUUUUACCUGGAUGUCCGCCCAAAGCUGAACUCAUUGGAAGGGUGGAAAAUGAGGAUUGGCCGUUUUUUGGGGCUAUCAUGAAUAUCCCAGUGGCUAUAUCCUCGCAGCAGAAAGUCACUGCUCAUGACAUAAAACAAAGCAUGUAUGAUUAUUAUUUAUUAUUAUGAGAAACUAGGAAAGAUAUUGUAUGAUAUGUAACACCAAAUGUAUAGAGAAUUUCGACCAAUCAUAACAAUACACUGCUAUUAUCAUAAGCUGA